CAAUCAAAAACUGAGUAGUGCAACCGUAAAUGUGACCGACAUGUACGAGAAAAUUUCCGUGAUCGCGUUGGUGCUACUUGCGGUCGCACCUUCCGACGAAAUUUCUUCCGACAAAGGGAUGAAAAAUGCAAACCUCGUGCAAAACUCAAGAUUGUCGACGAUUUUUCCGUACGCGUUAUCACGCAACGAUCAUCGAUUUGCGAACGGCGACGGUCAAAAGAAUCCGCCUCUUUUGUCCGUCCCGUUAUCAGAGAAGACUCGUACGAAGCGUUGCGGCGACACAGCUCGAAAACCCGUCGGAGCUGCGUUAUCCUCGACGAAGCGAGAUCUCGCCAGAGCGAAAACCAGAAACGUCACUGAAAUUGUCGCAAAAAGGAGAGAAGCUGCGAAAACACGUCAGGACCGAACGCUUUUGCGAGCUCUCAAGAGCAAUUUAAACGCAAAAGACGGGAUUGUGAAAGCGCGACUUCACGAAACAGCGGAGAAGUGCAACACGGACAAGUGUAUUUGUUACUGCAGCGAGGAGGAUAAUUUUCCCGACUCGUCCAAGAAGUUGGGUCAUCGUAAAAAGAACAAACCCGAUAGGUCGAAUUAUCACAAAGCGGAAAAGCACGAGAGACCGAAUAUCUUGCAGCAACAAAAGCGACCGAAGUUGCAACACGAACAGAGAACGCGUGACUCGAUUCUUUCCAGUCUAAUGAACCAUUUUCCAUCCUAUCAAGAGGAAACGAUACCCAAUAUCCAUCAUCAUGUAUCGGUCCCGUACAAAGCCCAGGCUACGCCUGAGAUAAUAGGUAAUCUGAGAUCCAACGGUGUUCCGUACCACGUCCCCUCAUACGACGGACAAAAUAUUUUGCUGGCUAACAGUCACGGUCAUUAUCCGCACGUUCAUCACAAUCUCUAUCCUUGGCCAAUAAUUCCCGAGAGAAGUCGAAUUGGAAAUCACGUUGUGUCGGUUACUUCGCAUUCGCCUUUGAACGUCGACGGAGGACAAACAGACGACGACUAUCUCGGAUCCUACGAUCAAGAUGACUAUUUCGAGUCGUACGAUCAGUUUGAAGACUAUCCAGAAUCUCACGACCCAGUUGUGGCGUCUGGAAAAGAUGAAGAUCCUGCCGAACUGACUACGGUGGCUCCGAAUGACGGCGAAGACGCGUCAGUUGAAUCGAAAACAAACUAUCCGACCGAGGAAAACGGCGCUGUAGAUUUUUCUAGUGCGACUGAAACCUCAGAAGAAUCUGUGGAUCGUGUCAAAGAAGUUUACGAGUCGACUGAUAAUUUACUCGACAGCGCGGGUGAGGCGCGUGUUUCGAUGAAGAAAUUAACGGACCGAACAACCGAUCGCACGACGGAGACUGCGAGGAUUCGUUUGCUAGGAAAGAGUAAGAGCAACGCUAAUAAACUGUUGCUGAUUCCCAAUGAUGAGAAUACAGACGUGGUGUCCAGAGUUGAAGAAGAAAUUACUGAGAAAGUUGUUGACGAAGAACAAACGACUGAACAACAGAGAAAAGUCGUAGCUGCUAGUUACGACACUAUCAAAGACGAUUCGUCGACAAACAGAUUGCCGCUUUGCGACAGCACCUUGCUUUUGAACUCCAUCAGAAAAGCGAUCGACGACUUCGCGCUGGAUCGAACGAAAGAUCCCGACGGAACGCAGGACGCGAGUUUGUUGCCGGAAAUUCUGCGGGUUUCGAAUUUGAAGAACAUUCUGUCCAAGCCGGAGAUAGAGAACGAGAUCGUGGAGCGAGUGAAGGACAUUUUAUCCGCGAGCACGUCCGUUUCCAGAAGAGAUUUCGCGAACGAUUGGUCGCACAGCGUGAUAAGAAACACUUUGAGAAGCGUGGUGGACACUUUUCACGGUAUUCAUCAGAAGUUCACACCGAUCGGAAAACACGGAACGACCGACGAGAUAGUCUCGUCUCCUAUUUCCGACAGCGAGGUGUCGGCGGUAAAUCCGGGAAAUCUGAUGCUGAAUAUUAGCGAGCAAGUGACGAACAAGAUAAAAGAUCCGACGAUUCGCGACAGAUUGAACAGCGUUUUCCAGAAGAUGAGAGACGCAGCGAAUAAGGAAACGUCGAGGGAAAGCGCCGAAUCUGAUAAAGAAGAGACUUUGUUGCGAAAAACCGAUGACAAUUGGCGGAUGAUGAAGAAUAAAAAUGCAAACGAAAUGUCAGAUGAAAAGUUCGAUGCGAAAGAACAUAAAAAUGUGAAGAGCAAAAAUUAUCAGAAGGCCAAAAUAUUGAAAAACGACGCGGACACACUAUCCAGCUACGAAUAUUCGAAAUCGUUGAAAAAUCUGUCGGAGUCGGUGAAUUUGUCGGAAGAGAAUCUACGUAUCGAAGAACAAAUACCGAACAGAGUUGAGACGAAGGAAAACAUCGGAGAUCGCGUUUCAGAUGAGAUGAGGGAGACAAACGCGCAAGAUGACAAAGACAAGACGCUAAAAUCCUCGAUAGUUUAUCAGCAAGCUAAUUCGCAAAGUAAUCACGAAGUGUUAACGAUCUCUGCGGAACAACGUCUGACGGAAAACGGAGAUGACGACGAGAAUGUCGCGGCAACACCCGAAAACUUGACGCGAGAUGCCUCGCUCGAUCGCAAACAGGACGAAAUAAUCUCGGAAGAUGCGACGAACGUUGAAGACAAAACGGAAUCAAGCGCAUCGACCACUCUGUUCGACAAUUUGGUUGGAAAUCGCGAAGAUCAAGAUUCUUCGAGCGCCGUCACUUCUUCCGCCGAUCACAUCGAGCCGUUGAUAAUAUUGGAGAGAAUAAAAAACAAAGAGCCGCCGAUAAAAUAUUAUUCGCGCGACAGUUCGGAAGACGCGACGACCUACAAUCCGGUCACGAACGACGCGUAUUCCGUGCAACUGUUUCCCUCGUCGCCCGCUUCCGACGAUAUCGCGGAACUUCAGAAAUCCCAACUCUACUACAUCAACGACGGCGUCAAGUUCCCGCUGGAAAUACGACAACUGAACGACGGUUCUUACGUGUUGCGGUUCCCGGAAGACAUAUGCGAGCACUUUUUACAGAAAGAAUGUCCGUGCUGCGUGCCGCGAACCGGUCGCGUGAUUCGAUCCAAGAUCGAUCAGAAGGAGACGAUUUCAACGACGACGGGGAAAGAAGACGAUUAUCAGGAAAACGCGCGUGCAAAUGGCAAUCGAGUUCGUAAAACGAUGAUGAGAAAGACGAGGAACACCUUGAGGGCACAGAACGAUUACGAAAUUCCUAUAUCAGUCACUGAUUUCGCAGAGAGAUACAAUUUGUUGCUUGAUCUCGACAACAAAGAAACGCUUAGCCAAUCGCGCGACGAAACUCAAAGCUAUGACGGACAGCUACUGAAGAAUUCGGUCAAAGAAUCUGAAUACGAUCAAUCGGAAAAAAAGACGUUUGAUAAUAAUCGCAAGCUGAAUAAUAAUCUUCAAAAGAACGAAGAUAAGAAAAUUGCAACGGGCAGUUCUGAGGAAAGAAAUCUCUUUCCAAAAAGAACUAUUCUCUCCGAAAAAGAAACAACAAUGAAUAAAUUUUCAAACAUUGAAGAAGGAAAUACCAAAGUUUUUCGCAGAAAGAAGAAAAGAGAAGAUGAAAAAACUAAUGAAAGACCAUUUAGAUAUCAACGAAAUGCGAGCGGAGUGGAAAACAAAAGUGCGGAACUAGUAAAAUCCGUGCUUUAUUGGUUCAAAGGUCUUAUCCUAGACGAGUAAAUUGUGGGAAAGAUACU